CUCUUGGAUGCAUCCGAGUUUGUUUAUUGCUUUCGAGUUUCUCAGGCAACAUUCAAUUCAAUCCAAUCUUUUUCUCCGAAACAUCCCAAAUUGGAAUGCACCAGUAUUCGUUACCAAUAUGAAGCCCUUUGUCUAAUGCUCCAAUCGAUGAAUGCGUAUUCGAUGUACAUGGAGCCAGAGCACAGGCAGAUUUUUUACGUGACGGCUCCUGAGUUCCUUCAUCGAAUGAGUCGCUUGGGUUUGAGUCUAGUUGUGAACACAGAGGAGGAAGAGGCAUUACUCACCUCUCUUCCUCGUUGUGAUCUUUCUGCUGGAUUUCUUCGCGAUCCUUCCUUUUGUUCAUUCCCACCCGGCACUCUGGAAGAGAUGAGUUUUGAUUCAUCAUGUAGAGUCACUUCUGUGAGUCUUUAUUGGUUGUGA